CUCGGUUCCUAGAAAAAUAAUACAAUCCUCAAAAGUACUCGUGAAAAAUAUAUCAAAUAGGGAAAGGUUAUAAACUAGAUAUGUUUCACAGAAACUCAUUUACGCAGGCAAGAAUGGCGGAUUCCCCCCUUUCAACGGUGGUGGGGAGCGUAAAUAUCUUCAAGACGUCGUCGAGGCGGUCAUUCACUGUGAUUGUAUUGAUGUGUAUGGUUUGCGAGUGUUAUAAUAAUGAUUACUUCUAAACUAAUAUUGUGCCUUCUGAUAAGCUGUUUUCUGUUUAUAUCUACAUUAUGUGAAAUACCCACUCCAAUUAUAAGAUCUCUUCACAUUAAGUCUGAAAUUAAAUACACAUAUGCUAAGACAUUAGUGACCAGCCGUAUAUUGAACCCUGCUAACAUUUCCCAAGAGGUCGCUUUUAAGGUUGUAUUACCAGAAGAAGCAUUCAUAACUAAGUUCCUUAUGAUAAUAAAAGAAAAACCAUAUGAAGCCUACAUAAAAGAAAAAGAGGAAGCUAAGAAGGAAUAUGAUGCUGCUGUAAGUGCAGGAAAAAGUGCUGGACAUAUUUUCCAAAGCAGCUCUCGAGACUCCAAAGAUUUCACAGUGAAUGUUAAUCUGGAAGCAGAAGAAAAGGUAACAUUUGAGCUGAGGUAUGAAGAAUUAUUGUCAAGGAAGAACCAAACUUAUACAAAUGUGAUUAAUGUUAAUCCUAAUCAGAUAGUUCAAGAUUUAUCAAUCCAUGUAAUCAUUGAAGAUGCACUUAAUAUCAUAAAUUGUAAAGUACCAAAUUUUAAAAUGAGCAAUGAAAUAGAUGCAACAGAUUCUGAGAAUCCUAUGGCCGAAAAGAAAGAAAUAACUCCUACUAAGGUUGAAGUUAAGUGGUCUCCCAGUGAAGAAGAACAAAAGGAAUUGAAUGCUGAAGGUUUAAAUGGUCAAAUGAUAGUUAAGUUUGAUGUCGAUUCCUCCCAAAUUUCACAGCAGAUUUUAAUUGACCAAGAUGGACAUUUUGUUCAUAUUUUUCGGAAUGAUAAGUUACCUCCUUUGAACAAACAUGCUGUUUUUGUAUUGGAUGUAAGUGCUUCAAUGCAUCUAAAAAAGAUAACCCAACUAAAACAGGCAAUGGAAAAAAUUUUGUCAGAUUUAUCAGAAAAUGACUUCUUCAGUAUUGUUUUAUUCUCUGCUGAAGUGUUGCCUUGGAAAUUAAAUGGAGUAGAUCUUAAAAUUCUUGAUGAGCCCUAUCUUGGCGAUGUAACAGAACCAAAGCAGGUUCCAGUGACAGAAGAUAAUGUGAUUUCAGCAAAUCGAACCAAUAUUGAAUUGGCUAAGCAAUUUAUGAAGAGUAUUUCAGACUAUGGAAGUACAAAUAUUAAUGGAGGAUUGAGAGCUGGUAUUGACAUUGCUCGCAUAGGACAACAAAUUUUCCAGAAAGCAGACAAACCGAUUGAGGCUAUGAUAAUAUUUCUGACUGAUGGAGAGCCUAAUUAUGAGGAGUCUGAUCCAGAUAAAAUAAUUGAAAAUGUUAAAAAGCGUAACACUGAAAAGGUGACAAUAUUUUCUCUCGGUUUCGGAUCAGAUGCAGAUAUUAACUUUUUGAGAAAGCUAUCUCUUGCAAACAAUGGUUUUGCUAGAAGGAUAUAUGAAGACUCAGAUGCAGCUUUACAGUUGAACAAUUUUUACAAAGAAGUUGCAUCACCAGUCUUAUCUAAUGUCAUAUUUGAAUACUUACCUGAUCAGGUAGAAAAUACUACUCCUCAUGUAAAAAAUCUGUUUUCUGGAUCCUCAAUGUUAGUGUUUGGCAAAGCUAAGGAUAAUCAUACAGUUUCAGGAAAAAUUUCAGCCAUGACAUCACAGGGAAUAAAAUUCUUCUCAAUUCCUAUUGAACAAAUAAUCAGAUUGCCUUUGGAAAAUCAAACUGAAAAAUUUGGAUUUUUGGAAAAAAUGUGGGCUUAUAGAACUAUUAAAACCCUUCUUGAUCAAAAUACAGUAACUAAGAAUGAAACAAUUGAAAGUAAAGUGAAAGAAUUAGCUUUAAAAUAUAAGUUUGUCACUCCUUUUACCUCAUUGGUUGUUGUCAAACCUAACGCUUCUUCAGUGAUGAAUGAUGACAAUGCAAAAGGUCCAUUUGGAGGGAUGAACUGGGCCGCCACAAUCCAUAAAAAAUCAGCUUUUCUAAGUUCAGGUGUUUCUUACUCCAUGGUCUCUAUAUUUCCAGUUGCUCCAAAUUUACAAGAAACUCUUACAGUUGAUUCAAAAGAUGCAACAGAAACUAUUUCUUAUACCAGUGUCACUUGGCUCAAUCAGACUGUAUCUGAAGAUGGCCUCUUUAUAGUACCUAAGAUUGCUUCUUUGCUUGAUAAGCAUUUUGUUAUUGCUUUAAAUGAGACUGAUAUAGCUUUCAAUUCAACCAGCUGCAGAGGCUUAAGAAAAUGCCGUCAUUUCAUUCAUUGCAUAUUGCCUGUCUUUGUUGAUAGUCCUGCAUCUUACAUGCAAUUUAAGUGUCAUAUUGAUCCCAACUUCCUUGGAGUUUGUUGCCUACAUUAAUUCUUCACAAGUAUUAUGAAACUUUUUCAAUCAAUGUAAUUAAAAGACUGUUUAUUAAAAAAAAAAUAGUUUAAUAAAUUUUGUAUUCAU